UUGUGCGUGAGGAAACCGAUAUCGCCCCUGGGGUCAUUCUUUCAACGGCAGUAGCUUGUCUACAGCACGUUUGACUGAGGAGCAGGAAGUGCUGAUACAAAACCAUAUUACGUUUAUUGCUGAAUGAUAGAUACCUCAGAGUGAAAAGGUCGAUUGGAAAAGGGACAUUACGCAGUGUCGAAAACACUUCAGAAUACCAAAAUACAGGUGUUGUGAGGUAUCAACAACAGCCCAGUGCUGGAUCCCAGAGGGCUUGUCAGUGUGGUAAGGACCCCCAGGACCCCCGAGGGUGGAUGGAGCGCUUCAGGCCGAGGCUGACGAGGCUGGGGCAAGGGAUCAGGACCGGGUCGUCGUCCUCUUACCCAGCAUGCCUCUGGUUGGGCCUGCUCUCUGUGGCCGCCUCCUUCCUGUGCGCAGAGGGCGAUCGCACCACCCCCAGCCCCGCCACCACAGACUCCCACAAUGCCACCUGCUCCGAAGGCACGUCCAGGUGCAAGCCAGGAAUUGUCUUGCCCAUCUGGUACCCUGAGGACCCCUCCAUGGGGGAUAAGAUGGCCCGAGUCAUCGUCUACUUCGUAGCUAUGAUCUACAUGUUCCUGGGAGUGUCCAUCAUAGCAGAUCGCUUCAUGGCGGCCAUCGAGGUCAUCACCUCCCAGGAGAAGGAGAUUAUUAUUAAGAGAGCCAACGGAGAGACCACCACCGCUACCAUCAGAGUCUGGAACGAGACGGUCUCCAACCUGACCCUCAUGGCCCUGGGUUCUAGUACCCCUGAGAUCCUGCUGUCUGUCAUUGAAGUCUGUGGACACAACUUCGUAGCUGGCGAGCUGGGGCCGUCUACGAUCGUCGGCAGCGCUGCCUUUAACAUGUUCGUGAUCAUCGGCCUGUGUGUGUCUGUGAUCCCCGAGGGAGAGACGAGGAAGGUGAAACAUCUCAGAGUGUUCUUUGUGACGGCGGCGUGGAGUAUCUUCGCCUACAUCUGGCUCUACAUGAUCCUGGCGGUGUUCAGUCCCAACGUGGUCCAGAUAUGGGAGGGGCUGCUAACCCUGGCCUUCUUCCCCAUCUGUGUCAUCCUGGCCUGGCUAGCCGACCGACGACUCCUCUUCUACAAGUUCAUGCAUAAGAAGUACCGUGCCGACAACCACCGUGGCGUCAUCAUCGAGACCGAGCACGAGCGCUCCAAGGGCAUCGAGAUGAUGGACGGCGGCGGCAAGAUGGUCAACUCACACUUCGCCCACGACGGAGGCGCCGCCCAUAACCUCAUCAGCCUGAUCGAGGGGAAAGAAGUGGACGAGUCUCGGCGGGAUAUGAUCCGGAUCCUGAAGGACCUGAAGCAGAAACACCCAGAGAAGGAGAUGGACCAGCUGGUAGAGAUGGCUAACUACUACGCCUUGUCUCACCAGCAGAAGAGCCGAGCCUUCUACCGCAUCCAGGCCACGCGCAUGAUGACGGGCGCCGGGAACAUCCUGAAGAAGCACGUGGCGGAGCAGACCAAGAGGAGCGCCAGCGUACAGGAAGUGUGUGUGGUAGGGGAGGAAGUCGAGGAGUACGUGUCACGGAUCGCCUUCGAACCCGCCGUGUACCAGUGCCUGGAGAACUGCGGCGCCGCCCUGCUGGCCAUCUCCAGGAAGGGCGGCGAUAUGGCCAAGACCAUCUAUGUUGACUACAAGACAGAGGACGGCUCAGCCAACGCCGGCGCCGACUACGAGUUCACAGAGGGCACGGUGGUGUUCAAGCCCGGCGAGUUCAUCAAGGAGAUCAGCAUCGGCAUCAUCGAUGACGACAUCUUCGAGGAGGACGAGCACUUCUUCGUGCGUCUCAGCAACGUGCGCGUGUUGGAGUCUGACGAGGACGAGACACUACUGUCUCCGAACUCUCUCCCGUACCCCAAGGCCCUGCUGGGGUUCCCUGCCAUCGCCACCGUUACCAUCCUGGACGACGACCACGCCGGGAUAUUCACCUUCGAGACCGACACGUGUCACGUGAGUGAGAGCGUGGGCGUAAUGGAGGUGAAGGUGCUGAGGACUUCGGGGGCGAGGGGAACGGUCAUCGUGCCAUAUCGUACCAUGGAGGGGAUCGCCAAGGGAGGAGGGGAGGACUUUGAGGACACCUACGGAGAACUGGAGUUCAAGAACGAUGAGACCUGCAAGAUGGUUCAGGUGAAGGUGAUAGACGAUGAGGAGUAUGAGAAAAACAAGAACUUCUUCCUGGAGUUGGCCGAGCCGCGCAUGGUAGACAUGAGCCUGCAGAAAGAUGUCCCAAAGUUGUUGUCAGAGGAAGAGGAAGCUAAGCGGAAUGCAGAGAUGGGGAAACCAUCUCUGGGGGAACACUCCAAAAUGGAGGUUUUCAUCGAGGAGUCCUAUGAGUUCAAGAAUACGGUGGAUAAGCUGAUAAAGAAGACCAACCUGGCUCUGGUGGUGGGCACCAACUCCUGGAGACAACAGUUCAUGGAGGCCAUCACAGUCAGUGCAGGAGACGAGGAUGAGGAAGACUCCGGUGAAGAGCGUCUUCCGUCUUGUUGUGACUACGUCAUGCACUUCCUCACCGUCUUCUGGAAGGUGCUGUUCGCCUGUGUUCCUCCCACGGACUACCUGAACGGCUGGGCCUGCUUCUUCAUCUCCAUCGUCAUCAUCGGCAUGCUGACCGCAGUGAUCGGAGAUCUGGCCUCUCACUUUGGCUGCACCAUCGGGCUGAAGGACUCCGUCACUGCCAUGGUGUUCGUGGCGCUGGGUACGUCUGUCCCUGACACAUUUGCCAGUAAGGUAGCGGCGGUGCAGGACACACAUGCAGACGCCUCCAUCGGUAAUGUGACGGGCAGCAACGCGGUCAACGUGUUCCUGGGCAUCGGGGUGGCGUGGUCGAUAGCCGCCAUUUACUGGCACAUGCAAGGCAAGCAGUUUGUGGUGGAGGCCGGCUCGCUGGCCUUCUCCGUCACCCUCUACACCAUCUUCGCCUUCCUGGGGGUCUCCGUGCUGCUGUACCGCCGCCGGGCCCACAUCGGGGGGGAGCUGGGCGGGCCGCGCGGCCACAGACUGGCCACCUCAGCCUUCUUCUUCAGUCUCUGGUUCCUCUACAUCCUCUUCUCCAGCAUGGAGGCCUACUGUCAUAUAGAGGGCUUCUAGAACCUCCUGGAACACUUCUGUAACACUUCUAGAACACCUCUGAGACACUUCUAGAACUCUUCUGAGACACUUCUAGAAUUCUUCUGAGACACUUCUAGAAUACUUCUGAGACACUUCUAGAAUACUUCUGGGACACUUCUAGAAUACUUCUGGGACACUUCUAGAAUUCUUCUGAGACACUUCUAGAAUACUUCUGGGACACUUCUAGAAUACUUCUGGGACACUUCUAGAGCCUCCUUACAGGAGGUUCAAAGUAUAACUUAAUGGAGAGUAAAAGUAGGAUUCUCAGUGUGGAAUGAUGGAAUGAUGGAAUGAUAUUUUGUUGGUAUGAAGGGAUGAGAGGAGGAGAACAGUAUGAGGUAAAGGGAGUGGUGGCCCCCCUCUCCUCCGCCCCUCCACCUUCCCUCAACCCCACUCUAAGAACCCCCAGACAUAAUCAGUCCAUCUCCUCUGAAGGAGAUGUCUGUUAAGGCAGGGAGAGCCGGUCUGCUACCCACAUGGGUGUGCUUACAGCUGGGGUUAGGGUACCUCUAUACCGGGGUAAGAACACCAGAGGGUGUCUCAUCUGGUCUGGUCUGUAAUCCACUAGAAGAGACAAUAAGCUGAUGAGAUCUGAGCUAUCAGAAGAAGUCUAUAUUUUUCUCAACACCUUGAUGAGAACAACCUUUUCUAGACUAAGUAUUUUGGGGGAUAAAACCAAAACACUUUUUUUUUUUUUUACAAAAAAAAAAGAGGAAAUCAAAGAUACUAUUUUUUAGAUCUUUAUGGAGAACAAAACAUGUUAUAUAACUAAUGGAACAGAUAUUGUUGAUGAUGAAUGACAAUUGAAUGGUCAUAGUAUUUAAUAGUAUUUUAUUUGCUUAGUUUCUUAUUAAGGAACGAAUAAGAGGCAAGAAACAGCAGAGUUGUCAGAGGCAAGAAACUAAAACAGGAAGCGCCCGUGGAGGAGGAAGAGGAGGAGGAGGAACAACAGAGAACAAGUACAGACAGAUCAACUAUCAAACUAAAGACAGGAGGAGGAGGAGGAGCAAGAGGAGGAGGAGGAGGAGGAGGAGUGGAAGAAGAUGAGGAAGACAUUGAAGGAUAACAUUAUCAGAGUGCCCUGAACAUUACUUCAGUACAUCUGUCU